AUGGCUUCGAGUCUUCCUAUUCCAGCACCCCCGAGGACACCCACUCCUCCAACUCCUAUUCCACAAGAGCAAGGCAGAUAUACAUGGGAACACCAAGAUGGCACUUCACGAACCGUGCACUCAGAGAUCCUUUUGGAUCCCAAUGCUCUCUCACCUACAUUCUCAAACUCAGGUAGAUUUGGUUCAAUGGGAACCCCAAUGUCUCCUCCUUCGGGCUUCUCAAGUCCCAACCUUCAACCAGACGGAAUGAUGAGUGUACCACCUGCCAGAGGAGCUGCGAAUCCUUUUAACUUUCAGACUCAAACAAUAAAAGAUGCGCCAGUUGCCAAAUCGAAUAUUGGCCAGCGAAGAGGUCAUAGAUAUAAACACAGUAGUGUCUCAACUCAACAUCAAAUCUUCCUCGAACCACCUCCUCGAGCACCCCUCGCACUCCCCGCCUCUCUUCCCAUACCCACCUUUAAAGAAGCAUGGAAAAGCAUGUCCAAAGAACAAACUACUCGAAUAGCCUGGUGUCUCUGCCACGCUUUAAUAUCCGCCUUCGUUCUCUAUAGCGCCCAAGGUUCUCUCGCCCUCACCGCACUAUCCCAUCUCAUCUUUUUCGAUGCCGUAUCUGCCACAAUUUGUGUCGUGGUGGAUGUAUUCUGCAAUUUCGAAGUAUGGAAACGAUCUUCUAUCCGUCAUCCAUUCGGGCUCGAACGUGCAGAAGUACUAGCGGGAUUCGCCAUGUCGGUAUUCCUACUCUUCAUGGGCUUCGAUCUGAUAUCUCACAACCUAAAACACGUUUUGGAAGGAUUAGGCGACCAUUCCCCUCAUCACCCUCAUUCUCAUCAACGAGUUAGUCCCGGCUCGGUUGACACCGCCGCUUUACUCUCAAUAGUAGCGACUCUCGUCUCAGCAAUUGGGCUGAAGAACCACGCACGAAUCGGAAAAGCAAUGCGUUUCGCCUACAUAUCAUUUCUCCCUUCCGUUCUCUCAAAUCCUUCACAUUUCCUAACUCUUAGUUGCAGCACCAUCAUGCUUCUCCUCCCUCUCUUGACCAUCUCUCUCUAUAUCUGGCUCGAUCGUCUUCUCUGUACCGUCAUCGCGGUCUCCAUGUUCCUUCUCGGUGUUCGUUUAGCUACCGCUCAGGGACUCAUGCUUUUGAUGUCCUUCUCCGGUGCUGGAGUUUCAGAAGUUAUGAAGGAAAUUGAGUCUGAACCAACAGUUUCCACUGUUGAAGAAGCGAGAUUUUGGCAAGUACAUUAUGGAUUGUGUAUGGCAAAUCUCAAAUUAAGAGUUAGGGGCGAUGAAGGAAAUGUAUUAAAACUGAGGGAGAAAAUUAAGACCUUGAUUAGAAAUAGACUAGGGGGUGGAUAUGGAAAAGGUGGAGGGAUGAAGUGGGAAGUGACGACACAAUUGGUUGUUGAUGGUAAAUGA